AGUCGCCUUGGCGGAGAGGAACUCACGCUGGAACAGCUGGAACUCUUUCCGGCGGACGCCGCCGCCCUCGAGGAAGACCUGGGAGACUUUCGAAUCAAGGUGGGCCGAACCAGCAGUAAAAGGAUUCGGCCCAGUAUGCUGCGGCUGCGUCAGUGCGUCGAAGUAGCCACGCUGCAGAUCGUGCUGGAUGCGUUUGAAAGUGGCGGCGAUGCAAGCGUGAGGGUUCACCGCAAGCUGACGCCGUUCAAGUGUGGCAUCGUGUGUCUUUCCGACAGUAAGUACUGCGUUCUUGUUUCUGAUUUGAGUUGUAACUGUCUUUCUCGCUUUCCAGACCCCGCCCUGUUGCCGGAGUUGCGUGACCAGGCCAAACACCUGUGCAACGUGCUGCGCAAAGCGAACCUUCCCGUGCUCGACUGCUCCGAGCGUAACGGCGGUCGUUCCCUGGCCAAACAGCUGCACCACCUCGACUCGAUAGCCGUCCCGUACUGAAUGCUGCUGCGCGACCAGUGUCUCCAGAAUGGCCUCUUUCAGGUGCGGUACCGCGUCACCACCCUCAGCGAAACGAUUCACAUCUCGGAUUUACCGCAAUAUUUAUUGAAAAUAGUAACAAGUUGAGUUUAAUAAAUACAAACACACGCAAGCGCAAGCUUAGAAGAAA